CAGUUACUAAUUAUUUCUGUAUGUAUUUUAUGGGGACUCUUUAUUAUAUUUAUUUGCAUACAUAUUUGAGUAUUGUUAUGUAAUUUUAUUUUACGAGUAGGCUAGUGUAUAAUUAAGUAAUAUUUUUUUAUAAGUAAUACUUUUUUUGUCGAGAGCAAGGAUACCUGUUUGAGUUUCAAAUGAUUUUUUUCUGAUUGGACGAAAAUUAUAAGAUUGAACCUUUUGUCAUUGCUUCUUGAAAGAAUCAUUAUGUGCCUUAGCUGUACUUUGUACUUUGUACUUUGGUUGCUCUCGUAUUCGACAGAAUGCUUGAUGGCUGUGUUAGAAAAAAUGGGAAAGGUUGAAGAACUACAAAUUCGUGUCAGAAGAGUCAAAGAAAUGUUCCUCUCAGGAAAUAUUAAAAAACAGAUCGAAGCAGCUAAAACAUCUCUGAAUUUAUUGAAUGACGACAUUAACAUAGGAGAUUAUUUUCUGCAAGAGGAUGUCGUAGCUACGAUGGCAGAAGCCAUGGCUAAAAUGCAUAACGAAUUACUGAAGUUGAUAAUGCAGUGCUUGGAAAUACUGGCGACACGGUCCAAGUUCUACAGCGACAAACAUGCUACUUACAUCACAGACUGUCUGCUUCGUACGCUUGCGUCUUACAUAAAACGAAAAGCUUACGUUGAUACGUUUCACGUGGCCAUGAAGUUACUAUCAAACAUCUUGGUGAGUUUCGGCAAGUGGUCGGGCCACGCGACGCUGGACACGUGCGUCAGCGUGGAGAGACUCCUGCUGGUGGUGACGCAGACGCUGCAGAACCCGCCCGAGGCAGACGGCGGCGCGGUGCUGCUCAGCUCCGGCAGCUUGCUCGGCAGCCUGGUCGGCGGCGAGCUGCCUGCGUCCCUGGGCCGGACGGUGCUGCCGACCGUCGACGCCUCCUUGCAGCGCCUGCUGGGGCUGCUGCCCGACUGCCUGGAGCUCUCGUCCGAGACCUCAGACGUCGCGCUUAGGGUGACCCUCGUCGUCAGCGACAUUUUCUCUUCUACGCUCAGAAUGUUUUCUAGCAAGCAGUUUAGUGACUCAGAAGUUGAGGAAAUAAUAAAAAAAUUUCAUAGUUAUGUCUUGAGAUCAUCUUCCAUCAUUCUGGCAGUACCAAUGAAGAUAGACAAUGCUGAAUUGUUUACUAGCUACACACAAAUGUUGACUGCAAUGUAUGACAACUCUUCUGAUCAGCUGUGUCACAUCAGGGUAACAAAUGUUCUUGCCAGCCAGUCUUUCUUGAGAUACUUGUUUGAUGUGUCAUAUUGGGCUUCAGAAAUUAAUGAUGAACAGUUGAAGAAAACGAGCCUCGUGGUACUAGGCGACAUGCUGUACAUAUUGUCCAAUACUUAUCUUCCCAAAGUUGACGAGCCGAAGAAGUUGAAAGAAAUUCUCAUGCAUGGUCUUAAACAGAUGUUCUAUAACCCUGCACAGCUGAAGAAAGAUAUUAUACAUUUCUCUUUGUACUAUACCAUUAUGAUAUAUCUCUACUUCCUGAUACUUUGUUUUUUCAGAAACCCUUUUAUCGCAGCCCUGUCACAACACCUCCUUGCCUACCGUUUUGAGUUGCGUUUCAACACUAAGCUGUCAGUCAAAGCAUUGUGGCUCAUUGUUGCUGCCCUGUGCCUGACCCCGACUGGAGACUUCCUGGUGGAGCGGAGCAGCCAGCGCAGCGUACAGCUGAUAGAGCAGCUGGAGGCGAGCGGCAGGUCCGGCGAGUUCUUCCAGGAGGUGUACACACACCACCCCGCCCUGCUGGCCUGGGUCUUCUGCUGCGUCCGAGCGCCCGGCUGGCUGCAGAUGAGAGUGAUUACUACGUGGCUUGUGUCUGAUGAUUACAACAAUGGCAUCAUUUUGAAACUGCUUACUCGCUUUCCUGUGGUUGGCUGUUUUUUGACUUAUAUUACUGUGACAUUUUUCUUUCAGAUUACUACGUGGCUUGUGUCUGAUGAUUACAACAAUGGCAUCAUUUUGAAACUGCUUACUCGCUUUCCUGUGGUUGGCUGUUUUUUGACUUAUAUUACUGUGACAUUUUUCUUUCAGAUUACUACGUGGCUUGUGUCUGAUGAUUACAACAAUGGCAUCAUUUUGAAACUGCUUACUCGCUUUCCUGUGGUUGGCUGUUUUUUGACUUAUAUUACUGUGACAUUUUUCUUUCAGAUUACUACGUGGCUUGUGUCUGAUGAUUACAACAAUGGCAUCAUUUUGAAACUGCUUACUCGCUUUCCUGUGGUUGGCUGUUUUUUGACUUAUAUUACUGUGACAUUUUUCUUUCAGAUUACUACGUGGCUUGUGUCUGAUGAUUACAACAAUGGCAUCAUUUUGAAACUGCUUACUCGCUUUCCUGUGGUUGGCUGUUUUUUGCUGGACAUCAUCGUCCAGUCGGACAACAAGACUGCAGAGAGGGCCAUGAAGAUCAUCCAGCAGUGCCUGGUCAGCUCCAAGGUGGGCGAACAGGUGCUUGUCAGCUUGUGGAACAGCCUCCCCACAGCCCUCAGCUGCUUCAACAGCAUGUCAGUCCCAAACGCGGGCAUCCUGAUGAGCUUGGCUUGCCAAGGCAUACCGGACGUGGUGAACACCAGCAGCUUCGUGCAGGUCGCUUGGAAUCUGACGAGGGUGCUGCCGCAGUACGACAGCUCGAUACACUUCUAUGGCGAGGGCUUCCGUCUGUCGUCGCUGAUCCUGAAUACCGCUCAGAAGCUGCAAGAUAAGAGAGUGCCGUGCAUGUACCUGGGCAACGCGUGCUUCCUGGAGACAAUCCAGCGCGCAGUGAUGUCGGAGAGCUCGUACCUCGUGCCGCUCGCGCUGCAGCUCCUCGCCAGCCUGCUGGCAUGCCAGUCGGCUCUGCAGGUGCAGUGCCGUACCAAUGUGGUCCUGGAUGGUAGUUACCUGUUGGCAAUACUGUCGAGUCAUUCGUGGAGCGUAGUUUCAGUAUCGCAGUUCGUAAAUGCUGCAUUAAGCAGCGAGAUAGACCAUCCUUGUGCAAAGAUUGCAGACUGCAGUGAAGGCUCCUCACUCUCACCAGAUUUCAUCAAGACUCUGUACUUCAAACUGCAGGGCUUCUGUGCUACCAGUCUGCCGAGCGCCCGGGCCGUGCAGUGGGGCUGCCUCGGGACCGUGCUGGAGUAUGCCUCGGCCCGCGAUGGAGCCCUGGCGUGCAGCCUGGCCACCCAGCCCUGGCACCACAAGCUGGUGCAGUUCGCCGUGCUGUCGUCCCCCGACGCGGCCCCCCACGCGCUGCAGUUCUGCCUGCGCUGGCUGCGCUGCUACCGACAGCACGUGCUGCCGCCCGGCGAGGCCCUCGCCCGCUGCAGGCGGCGCAGGUACUCCCUGGCAGCGGGGAGCAGCCUGCUGGCCCGCACCCUGGCGGGCGUCUCCGGCUGCAUCCAGGGCCGAGGCACAGACGUCCCCCCGGACCUGCCCGGCCUCGUGCAAGACCUCCAGGAGAAGAUUAUUUACAUGGAGAAAAUUAUCUGAUCAAAGUAAGUUAUGCACAAAUUGAAGAAAAAUUAAGUAUUAGCAACAUGAUCAGUGAUAGAAAUACAGUAUGUAGGUAAGUAAUCUAUAUUAAGUCAUAACUUGUAACAUUAAAUAUGAAAUAUCAUUGAAAAUGAUGAAUAGUAAUGAAGGAAUAAUGAAUUGUAACAGACCCUUCUGCCAGCAAAGUACAUAUUGCACUGUAUUUUGUUACGUUGUUUGUUUUUUCCCGGCUAACCACACAUAGAAACGUAACAAUACAAAACAAACAAUGUUCCUGAGGUUCUGCUUUAUUUGGAAAUAAAAGAGUUUAUUAAAUUAUCUUUGUUUAUUUCUUUAAAAAAAAUGUUUUUUCUCAUCGUUACAUGGCUUCAAUACACAAUUUUACAAAUGAAUUUAAUUAGAAAAACUUCGUUACUUGUACAGUUUUUGUCUUUACUUAUUCAAAUUUUAACGACGUCUUUGAAUUUUGAUAGGAUGAGGUCCAAAUACAUACCAUACCAGACAUUUUUCUGUUGAUGGUCGUUGAGUCUUGUCGCUCACAAAAAAAUAGAAUUUAUUACUGUCCCUUGGUUAGCGAUGUAACUCAAGGUACGGUCGCGCACUGACCGAAGUCCCGCGAAGUUGGGCCGUUGCCGACGCCUAGGGCCUAAAUUUCUAAUACAUUAUUCCGAAAAAAAAAAAAAAAAAUGAACUUAGUUUAAAAAAUUACGGCCUGGCCCCAGCCCCUAGGCGUUAAAUUGUCCCUUAGUGCAACUCCAUAAUAUUGUGCGAGUUGCCGACGACGCGACCGGACUGGACGACAAUCGAGCGACAACUGAGUUGGUAGACGAGAUUACCUCCCUUGUAUAGGUGAAGACAAGGGAGGCAACCCCGUGGGCCAACCGACCAAUCACAGUACAGCAUUCAUCAACAUGCCCAAAUAAGGAAUUUCGGCCGAGCGCAUCACACCACGCCAGGACUCGCCCUGAUUGGCUGACUAGUGGUAGCCUCCAGAGACCCUUCCAGACGGUCGCUACAGCUGUGCGUACAACGUGACGCGUAAAUCCCAAACACGCAUUUACAAAGUGAAAAAUAGCUUUCUGGCGCCAGAGUGUCGCGCCUGUCCGCUCUUCCUUCUGUACUUUCCAGACUAUUCUCAAAAUAUUACACUAGCAAUAUCCAAUAGAAUAUAAAAUUACCCAAAAAAUUCAAAUACAAUGUUAAAAAUUUAGUAAACAAAGUUGAAAUUCAUAUAAAAACUUUUGUUUAAAAAUGAUGUCCUGUAAAAUUAUAAUAUAUACUGCUUUAAUUACUGACAUUAAUUAUCAAAUGUCAACAUUAAUUAUUAUGAACUAGAGUUAACCCUCAAAUUAAUAAUUAAGUAUCUCAAGGAAAUAAGUAUUUUAAGGCUUUCCAUGAAAUUUAACCAAAGUAAUUAAUAACAAUUCUUAACAUAUCUGAACUGUUUUCUAUAUCAACAAAAAAAAUUAUCCUUCACCUCAAACUUAUUCUUAAUAUUAUUAUGACCCAUUUUGCAAUGCUACAAUUUGAAGUAAAAGAAAAUUAAACCAAAGAUUACCUACAUUAAAUAACAGGAGUGACACCCAUAAUAAUUUGUUACAUUUGUUUAAUGGUCUAUGCAUCAAGCUAAAGACUGCCACUGCUCAUACAAAAUGAGACGAUGGUGGUCCGAUGCUACCAAGCAAAAGAUAUCCUCUCCAAGAUACAAAUCAACAUUCAACUAACUUUUCCAAUAAUUAAAAGGCUGCUUUGAUCAGUACAUUUCUCUAUUGGGCUAUAUGCAACUACAUGUUAAAUUCUGAUCUGCUGAUAAAUGAUAAACCAGGGAAAGUUCUAAAACUGUCGUUAAAGCUCAGUUUUACUGACCCUUGCUCAUUAAAUGUGUUGUAGAUGUACAUAUAAAAAAGCUGGGAACUCAUCAAUGUUCCAGUACCUAUUAUGAACUGGGAAGCAGGGCCACCACGCGUGGAAGAUACCUAAUCGGGCCUUCCAACGGUAGUCUGGCACUGUUUUGGGUGGCUAUUUGCAGCGUCUUCCACCUUCACUUCCCCCAGAAUAACUCGUCCAUUUCGUAGCAGCUGUAGCUUCCUUGAUUAUUCGUCGGCAUUCUUCAGUUACAGCUGCCACUCACUGUUCGGUGGCCUGCUCAAGUUAAGCUAUCUGUUGUGCCAUCAGUUCAUGUUCUGCUAGACGUUGCUACUGUUGGGCCAGAUGCUGUUACAGACACUGCACUUUCCCUUUCAACUGAAUACUGGUUUCAUCCAUCUUCUUCUUUAAUUACUCUUGAGCAGCUACCAAUUUGCCUCACAUUUCAUUCUAACCCCUCUUUAUUUCUUCUUGAACUGCUACGAGUUCAUUAUGCGUAUCUUCCUAAACCCCUCUUUGUUCUUCUUCAUGUCUUCAAUCUUGGUCUUCAUGGCAUUCUUCAACUCUUCUUGGCUAUUGUCAAUUUUAUUACACAUCUCUUCUUGGUCACUCUUCAGUUCAGCCAAGAAAGCCAUUAUGUUCUUAAGUUCAUUGGCGGCCAUCUUCCUUGUCCACUUACACAAUCUGUCAAUAUCACUACUGUCCUAUUACUACACUAUAGUUUCAUCUAUGAACUAAUUUAACUUCUACUCAGUACAUUAACUUCAACACACUCAAAACUAACUCCUGUUUCUAACACCAAUUUUUAACUCAAAAAACUAAAUUCUAUUUUUUUUUUUACUUUUUUUAAAAUUAUUGUUUUUUAAUUCACUGUUAAUUAUUCAUAAAUCAUUUAAUUGGGACUAUCCCACUUUGACACCAAAUGUUACGAGUGGAGAAAACAGGUUCAUAAGGACAGCCCAAUUAAUUUUUAUACAGUUUUAAUUACUACUAAUAUAUACAUUAGUGAAGAUCGCAGGCUUUCGCGCACAUUGCUCGGAGAUGCUUGGCUUCUGGGUAACUGCUCGAUGAUGAUGGUGACUGCAAUGCGACCGAAACCUCGGUAUAUUUUCACCUUCGAUGCAGUUACAACCCAGAAGCCAAGCUACUCUAAUAUUUACAUUACCAAUUAAAUCACCACACUUAAUAUCGUCCAUUAAUUGCUAAAUAUGUGUCCAGUCCACUUUUCCACACUACUAUUGCAAAAAUUGAUUUUCAAAUAUACUGAAUUACUGUUAUUUACUCAUUUACCUAAACAGUAAAAAUAAUUUAAAUACAACUAUUACUGAUUUUAAAACAUUUUUUCUAAUAAAACUUAUGACAACUUUAUUCAAAUUCAAUAAAAACAUACUGUGCUGGCAUGAGGGUUCCGAGUUUUUCAUAUUAUAAAGACAGUGUUCGAUGAUACUGUGAUCAAUGAUAUAAAACCAAUCUAUCACUCAAUAAUAAACAAAAUAUUUAUUAUAUUUCACAAAGAUGUAAAGAUUGAUUAAAGAUUCUAUAUCUCAUCAAAA